AUGCAACACCUUAAAGCUUUUAUUUCUUCACCAAAUAUUAACAACCUUGAUUCAUUGUAUACUCUUGAAGGAAUAUAUAAUCAAUCAGGGAAUUAUGAAGGAUACAUUGAAUGUGCGACUAAAAUUCUGGAAAUUCAGCCUGAUGAUACAAGAAUAUUAAUGAAUAGGGGUAUAUUUCAUAUGAAUGCUGGGAACCAGCAAUAUUUAGAAAAAGCAAUUGAAUUAAACUCAGAUGAACCCUAUUGGUAUUGUCAACUUGGAGCACUCUUUAUUGAAUUACAACAAUAUGAUGAGGCCUUAAAAAAGUUGAAUGCUGCCAUUGAAAAAUAUAAACCAGAUUGUGAAUUAGAAUUUGACGAAUUAUCUGAAGCACUUGAUUAUAAAGCAUCUUUAUAUAGCAAAAUUACGGGAAAAAAUAAUGCGGCUGAAUUAAAUUUAUAA